CUCUGUACGCGCACCCGUGGCUAGGCUGAAGCCGGCAAGGCUUUCCCUCUUUCCUCCGUAACCAGGGGGAAGAGGGGAGGGGGACGGCAGCCCCCUUUUUCAAAGUUUGGAACUGAAUGGGGGGAAGAUUGGAGCUUAGGCGAGGGAAAGUCUGGAGCCAACUUGUCCCAGUUCCCUUCUCUUCUGUUUCUCUGCACUUGGAACUGAAAUCGCCCAGUUCCAGUUUUAUUUUUUGCUGAUUAAAGAGACGGACCUUGGUCUUCCUUGCUUGGGUGGCUAAUGUACCCAGCCCUCUUCUCACUCACUCACUCGCUCGCCCCAUUUGAUUUCUCCUUCCUUUCUUCCUCCUUCCUCCCUCUUGCUCACACCAUGGAGUUUACUGAGAGGAAGAGAAGCAGGAAAUCCCAAAGCUUUAAACUGAUAAAUCAAGAUUAUCAUCAUGAGGCUUACAAGAUAUCUGACUAUAGUAAUGAUGUUAACGGAGAGGCCAAAGAAGCACAACCAUUUUAUUUAGGAGAUGAAAGUCGGGAAAUUAAAAAACAAAUUACAGGAAUGAGAAGAUUACUGAAUGACAGCACUGGAAGAAUAUAUCAGCGGGUUGGCAAAGAAGGAGAAAAACUGAAGGAAGAACCCCAGGAUUUAGAUUUAACCUGGGCUCAGCGUGUGAACCCCCCUGUAGAAUCCCAGGCAAAUCUCCAUCCAUCUCAGAGUGCUUCUUGGAAUGAAUUAUCUCCGCAAACUAGCCACUAUUCAGGGCAGUAUGGAACUCGAUCCAAGACCUUCCAAAACCAAGCUAGAACUGCAGGCUCAAAUGGAGAAAUUCCAGCAGCUAAUUCCUCCUCUGGCUCAAAUUGUUGUACUUGUAAUUGCCAACCAGCGUUGCAAGCUAUUCUUCAAGAGCUUAAGACCAUGAGAAAGAUAAUGCAGAUUCAAGCAGUUGCUGCUCAAAACAGACAACAACCUUCAGCUCCUCUGGUUUGUGCACAGAAAUCAGCCGUGUCAAGAAAGAGAAAUAAAAAGAAAAAAUUGCCCCCAAAGACUAUUGAACCUCUUACUGUGAAUAAAAAGCCCAACACUUUAGAAAAUGACAAAAAGCUACCAACACAUCCUGAAAGGUCAAAUGUGGAAGCAGCUGAGUCCUCUUUGAAACUGGAGCCACAGGUUUCAGGAUUUGGCAUCGUCCUUGAAUCUUCAUCUACAGAUCCAGAAGUGCAACUUGCAGAAGGCUUUGAUGUUGUUAUGCCUAAAUCACAACUGGACUCCAUAUUAGCCAAUUACACUCGCUCAGGAAGCCUGCUGUUUCGAAAGUUGGUGUGUGCAUUUUUUGAUGACAAGACCUUGGCCAAUUCAUUACCCAAUGGCAAGAGGAAAAGAGGUCUCAAUGAUAACCGAAAAGGACUAGACCAAAAUAUUGUGGGUGCAAUAAAAGUGUUCACGGAAAAAUACUGCACUGCAAACCAUGUCGAUAAAUUGCCUGGCCCAAGAGACUGGGUACAAAUCCUGCAGGAUCAAAUCAAACUCGCAAGAAGACGGUUGAAAAGAGGUUCAGCAGAGGCAACUGAUUGUGAUGAGAAACUGGACAUGUCUUUACUACAAACAGGUAACCUCUUUGAAACCACACAUUCUGCACCAGUGUUUCACUAGCUGAUCCAGAUAUCAUUACAUUUCAGCAGGAUACCAGCAACAUUUCCAGACUUCUUCAGUACCUGUAUUUCUCUUUUGCUAUGGCCUCCUCAAUUUUCUUCAUGCUUUUAUAACACGGGAUAACAAAGCCACUAAAGUACUUGUUUCUUUUUAUUUUAAUCAGAAUAGGCUUGUUCCAGCAGCAAAGAUUAUACUGCAGUUAUUAACCACAGCUAUAGAACAAAUGUUGAUCUUAUGAUUGCAUUUUCCUACAUAUGAUCACAUUUUCCCCAUUGCAUUUUCCCACAUAAGUAUACGCAUGCUGGCUGUUCUGUUAAAUAGAUAAAAAUAAACACAUCUAUAGGUCUCUCUUUUCAAGAGGGAGCCCUGAAGGACCCCAGUUUAUACUGCUUUCGUGUGCAGAAAUCACAGGACCAAAAACCUGUUGAGUUUAAUGGAUCAUUAAUCGUCAUAGUUUCUGGAGGUCCACUCUCUACUUCUUAGCUUAUCAUUUUUCUCUUUAGGCAAAUAAAGUUGCCAGGUAUUCUUCUCAUAAUAAGGUACUUUGUCCAGUAUUAUGUUGCUAGCACCAACUGGAAUAGACCCAUUUACUCAGUGGGGUGUGUCUAUGUGUAGAUUUACCAGUCAAAAAUUUAUUCAGUGAGUUUAGUUGGGACUAGCAAUAGGAUACAGGCUGGUAUCAGUAUUUUGACAAUAAGCACCACCACUAACUGAGUAUGCUGUUUUGUCCAGAAUGUGUCUCAAUGAAUAUGAAAUGAAUUGUUCUUGAUACUGAGAUGACCCAGGAACAUUCUUUUGCAGGGACCUCCAUUCUCCCUUGACUUUUGAAUCUGGCAGUGCUAUCUUGUAUUUCCCCAGGAAAUUAUUUCAAGAAUUAUUGCUGCCGGAAGUCUCCAUAGCACUUUUAUAUACAUAGCUUUUUGGAAUAUUUGCAUGAUAUGUAGGGAAAAUACUUUUCAAGUUCGGGUGGUGGUUGACUUUCACAUGCUGUUAUCUUCUUCCCUUGUGCCUAAUUCCUCAAGUGACUUUUGGGUAGUAUAAUGGAGAGAGGAAACAAAGUGCAUAUGAAUCUGUACCCUGUAUGUAUCUGUGUGCUUGUGCAACAUCUUAACUCAUCACACUUCCAUUUUGACCUAGAGGGGUUCACAUGCUUGCUGAAGUAAAGACAGGUUUGCAAUGGAGGGAAUGUAUGUGCAGUGAGGAACAUCAUAUACAAGACAUUGUGUGAAUUGGGUUCUCCACUUGUAGGCACAGGCACAUUUAGGCAAGAAUUCCACAGUCCCCCCUCCUUUUAAUGAGGGAUAUAAAAUUUAUGAAUUGAGCUUUCACAUAUUCCGCCCCCACAAAACAAUCAUCCACUUUUUAAAUCUAGAGGGCAGGAACACAAAAUACUAGUGCUGGCCCCCAAUAGGCAAACUGAACACCUCUUCACAAAUGUGCAUCAGUCAUUUGAAAAUAUAUUUGAUCAAUGGACUGUUUCAGAUAUGCCACUUUUAUCACAAACUGUCACAGGACUGUGGAACAUGUGGCCUUCCAGAUGCAGUAGGACUGCAACUCCAAAACCCCUAGUGUAGCCAAUGGUGAGGGAUGGUA